UUGGUGUAAUCUACUGCCGGGGAUACCAUCCGAAUUUAUGUCAAUAUAGUAUAACGAGAGUCAUAUAUAAUCCAGAAUAACACAAAAAAUGGCCAAUCCUGUGGAUGCGUACAGGAAGCUACAAAAGAAACGUGAGAAGGAGAAGAAUAAACGCACGAGACAAGAGGUUAGAGAAGAUGCUAAGCUAGUGCAAGAUCCAGAUAAAUUGAAAAAGGAACUUGAUGAACUAUCUCAUAAAAGUAUCAUCGGUAGGAUAGACGAAGCCGCAACUGAAAGAAAGGCGAAGCUUGAACGAUUGUGGGCUCAACAUGUAGAGAAAACAGCUCUAGGGGACACCGCAAUAGAUGAACAUGACAACGAUAGCGAUACAUCUGAAUCGGAAAGCAGCUCAUCAGAUGACGUUACGGAUGAUGAAGAAACCAAGUGCGUUAUACAUAUUGCCGGGAAAGGGGUAGUAAGCACUAAGAAACAAAAGGAAGAACGUUUACCGGAUGAUUUUGCCCUGGAACUGCUAAAGAAUGCCCCUCCUGUACCAGUAAAUGAAGUAGUACAAGAGCAACCGAAGGUGAUGCCACCAAAGUAUCGAGGUAAUAAGAGACCAAACGUACCCAUACAUAAACCAUACCCUCCAACGGGAUCACACCUGUCAUCCGUAAACCAUCCGCCACCAGAUGCUACACCAAACAAGAAGGUAGCAAUAGAAAUUAAAGCACCUACGGACAAGGAGGUCAAAAGCAUACCACUUAGUUCAUACUUUGUACCCAACCAACUGAGAAUAAAUCAGGGUAAAAAGUGACUCUUGUCUAGAACCCACAUAUCGC